AUGGGCGGUACCUUCUGGACAAAUUUUGCUCGGAUCUGUCAUCCCACUGAGAAGAAGAUACGAGAAUGCGAGGGGAAGUUGUGCGUCCAGAAAUGCUGUCCCGAGUCCGAAUUCUUAUUAGAUCUGGUUGGAUAUUUGCCUCAAUGCAGACCGGCUGAAAAGUUCUGGGAUCCCAGGAAAUAUUUUCUACCCAGUUCCCAAUCAGAGCAAGACAUCCAUGUUAUCACGGGCUCUCCCAUAUGUACCUUUCUUUCUUCCUUGGUUCUGAAAUUGCUGCCAGAGUCUAGUCGGGAUCCCAGCCAUAAUUUCUCUUUGUCUCGGACGGGGGACUUGGCAAUCCAUCUUUUCCAUAAUCACUCGGCCCACUUACCCGACCCUUUCCACCUCGCAGUCCCUGAAUAUUGCGUCGACGACACGAGGAACAGCAACGGGACGGUCGAACCCAUCGCUCUUGUCUGCGUCCCGAGAUUAAGAGUCAGGGAUCUGGUGCCUUUCGCCAUCGCAUUCUUCGUCUCGGUGGCAGUCGCGAUGCAGUCCCUCACCUUCAUCCUCCUCCUCCUCGAACGGAAGAGCCUUCCGGGGAAGAUCCGCCUCGUCUACGUCGGCUGCAUGCUGCUUUCCUUCGUUUCCGAAGGCGUCCGCUUGGACGUCUUCAACUUCGGCGUCUCCAAUCCCCUCUGCCUCGUUGCCAGUAUGCAUCUUCGAGAUCCUCGACACGUCGUCGACCAAUGCUCCAAUGAUAAAACCUUCGUUGGCGGUUUCGUGUUUCAGUCAGCAUUCUUCUGGCUUAGCGUCAUGGGCUUUGACCUCUGGAGGAAUCUCAGUGCCCUGCAGACGCCGCUUCGCGAGGAGGAGCGGAAGAGGCUGUGCCACUACAGUCUCUAUGGAUUUGGGGUCCCGGCGUGCCUGGUCGCGAUAGCGUGCGCCAUGCACUUCAGCACGGGCAGUCCCCCUGCCAACAUCCUCGAAGCAAUCAGCCACCAGAUACAGAUGCAGACAGGAAUCUGUCCCGUUCUCGAACCUCCUGGCAAAGUUGCGUAUACGGAGAUGCCGGUGGUCUUCGUCUUAGUGGGUAACGCGAUUUUCUUCGGCCUCACUUGUCGUUACUUGAUCCAGCACGCCAAAGACACCGCUCGCCUGAACCGAAGCACGGAAGAUAAACAAACGUUUUGGUUGUACCUCAAGUUGUUUGUGGUGAUGGGGGGGAUGUGGCUGGCGAGUGUGAUCAGCCGCUUCACCCGGACCUUUGAGGGCCUUCUGUUCAGUUCCAUCCUCAUAGGGCUCCAAGGAGUCCUCAUCUUCCUCAUCUUCGCUAAGGCAAAGGGUCCGGCCUCGCUCCACAGACAGAACAAGCCGUCUAAAGAGACGACUGACGAAUGA